AUGCCUCGGCAAGGAGCGUUCUCCGUGGUGGCGCGCGUGUCAAACGCGCAUGCGGAGCAGAACGGCGAGCAGCGGCAGGAAUCGAACCAGCGGACGCCACUGGUGGUGCGGAUGACGGCGGGGCUCAAGCACACCUACUCCGCCUGCAACGACGCCUCGCGCGCACACAUCGCCGCCCACCAUCCCUCCUCAAACCCCGCGCCCGCCGUUCCUGACCAACCCGCGGCUCGCGAGUAUGGCUCGCCGGAGGGCGGAGCAGGUGACGGCGAGCGGGCGGCGCGCGUGGUGCUGACGAAGCCGUCGGAGGCGGCGGGGAACGAGGGGUGGGACAACGCCAACUCCGACCUCAUCCUCUCCACGGGCCUCGUGCUGCACGGCGAUCCCGGCACCCCCAGCUACGUGGUGCGGGACGUGUUGGGGCAGGGCACGUUCGGGCAGGUGGUGAAGUGCGAGUGCGGGGAGACGGGCGAGGUGGUGGCGGUGAAGGUCAUCAAGAAUCAGCCCGCCUACUACCACCAGGCGCUCGUCGAGAUCAGCAUCCUCCGCCUCUUGAACGGGUCGUUUGACCCGCAGGACGAGCACCACAUAGUGCGACUGGUGGACCACUUCGUGUGCCACAGCCACCUCUGCAUCGUCUUCGAACUCCUCACCUACAACCUCUUCGAGCUCAUCCGCCAGAACCAGUUCCGCGGCCUCUCUCUCAAGCUCGUGCGCCUCUUCACCAAACAGCUGCUGGUGGCGCUGACGGUGUUGGAGGAUGCGCGCGUCAUACACUGCGACCUCAAGCCCGAAAACAUCCUCCUCAAAAGCUUGGGCGGCGAGAUCAAGCUCAUCGACUUUGGCUCUGCCUGCACUGAGAAUCGAACUGUGUACUCUUACAUCCAGGCCGCGUGUCUGCACUCGCCGCAGGCCCCUCCCAUGCCCCCUCACCUCUCCCCGGCCUCUGCGACCCCAUGUGUCCCCCCCUCCCCACCUUCUCCUCUCCCCCACCAGAGUCGGUUCUACCGGUCGCCGGAGGUGGUGUUGGGGCACGCGUACGGCACGGCCAUUGAUCUGUGGUCGCUGGGCUGUGUGGCGGCGGAGCUCUUCCUCGGCCUGCCGCUCUUCCCUGGCGCCUCCGAGUUUGACAUGCUGCACCGCAUGGUCGAAACCAUGGGGUCCGUCACCACUCUGCACACACUCACUCCUUCUGCUGUCCCUGCUGCCUUCAACCAUGCUCCUCUGCAUGAAACGUCCUCUAUAUUUAUUGAUCCCUACUUUCUUUUCCCGAUAGGAGUAUUCCACGCUCUCAUUUCUUCCCCUCCCGCGUUUCUUCACCUUUCCUGCUCCCUCGCUGUGCCAUGCAGCUGCCAGCCGCCCGAUGCCAUGUUGAGGCAUGCCAAGCACACGGCCAAGUACUUUGUGCGCACAGCAGACGCGGGGGGUGGGGGGGAGGAUGGGCGCGGUUCAGCGUACCGCCUGAAGACGGUGGAGGAGGUGGUGGCGGGGGGGGAGGCGCGCCCGGCGCUGGGGAAGAGGUACUUUCGGCAGACGGCACUCAGCGACCUCGUGCUGGGCUAUGCGCUGCGGCGCGGGGAAGGGGCGGAGGAGGCGCGGCAGGAGCGGGCAAGCCGAGUGGCGUUUGUGGACUUUCUCUCGGGCCUGCUCCACAUGGACCCCGCCCAGCGCUGGACCGCCCGCCAGGCGGCACAGCACCCAUUUAUCACGGACGAGCCAUGGAUGGGGCCCUUCCAGCCACAGCGCCAGGUGAGCUCACCUCUGCCUUCCGCACCUCACUCCUCCCGCUGCUCUGCAAUCGCUCUGCUUGACUGCGUCAUGCAACUCACUCCCGUGGUCAACACGUGCAUCCCCCCAUGCGUCUCAUCCCCGCUUCAACCCGCCCCGCAGCAGCAGCAGGUGGACGCCACCGAGGCCGCUCAGCUGCAGCCGCUGCACAGGGAGGGUGCCUCGCGCCUCGCGCAGCAGCAGCAGCAGCAUGCGCGUGUGCUGCAGCACAGGCAGUCGCUAGGAGCUCAGGAAGCAGGGCGGGGAGGGGCGUUGGAGGGGGGCAUAAUGGCAGGCAGCCUGGGCGGGGCAGCGGGCGUGGGAGCAGCACUGCCGCCCGCCAUGGCUCUGUCUGGACCUGCUCCUGCUGCCAUGCCCGCCGCCCUUGCUCCUGCUGCUCUGGCCAUGGGUGCAGGCAUGGGGCCAGGCAUGGGAGCAGCAGGCAUGGGCGAAGGCGGAUAUGGGAGCAUGGGGGGGUAUGGCGUGCCCCUCGGGCUGCCCCACAACUACGGCCCUCUGGGCGCCAGUGUGGGCUCCUACGGCAGCCUUGGCAGCCUUGGCAACAGCUUUGGCGCCAUGGGGGGUUUGGGAGGCAUGGGGAGUGUGGGGGGCAUGGGGGGCGUGGCGGGCAUGGGAGGGAUGGGAGGGAUGGGGGGCGUGGGGAGUCUGGGAGGGGUGGGCAGUCUGACAGACCCCACAGGCUCCUACAUGGCGUAUGCUGCGCACCUUGCUGCGGCAGGGCAGGGGGCGGACUUGGGGUCAGGGUCGUUUGGAGCAGCGGCAGGAGCAGCAGCUGCGGGAGGUGGUGGAGGGCUGGGGUUAGGAUUAGGGUUAGGGUUUGGGCAGAGCCCAGACACACGGCAGCUGCUGCCUGCGCUGGCCAGCAUGAAUCAAGCGGCGCAGCAGUGGCAGAUGGGCCAGCUGGGGCAGGCCGGGCUGGCGAAUCAGGCAGCUGCCACCCUUGCAGCCCCCGGCGCCGUAUCUGCUGGCGGCAGGCAGCAGGAGAGGCGGGGCAGUGGUGGGGGGGUGUGGCAGGGCAUGGGGAAUGAGGGUGCGUAUGUGCCCUUGGGGCAAAGCCCUGGCGAGCCUUUCCUGGACGGGGCAGGGCGAGGGGGAGGGGGGUACUGGGGGGGGAGGGACGGCGAAGUGGCAGUGAGCAGCAACUCGCUGCUGGGAGCCAGUCCGUUGCAGUUCACCCCUCCCUCCCACUCGCGCCACUUCCCAUCCUCCCACUCGCACCAGCACCAACUCCAACAGCAGCAGGGUGGGCGGCAGGGACACCUGCAAGUGCGUGUGAGUGAGCCCACAACGCCCUCCUCCCCCACCACCUCCUCGCCUCACUUCUCCCCGUCCUCGCUCCACCCUGACUUCUCCUCCCCGCUGGCCCGAGGGUCAGUGGGGCAGGCGUCCUCUCUGGGCCCCAGCGGCAGCACCCACCCUACCAGCCACAAUCCGGGCGCAGGGCUGCCCUCCCCCGCUGCUAGAGGGCUGGCGGGUGCAGGGGCAGGGGGGAUGGGGUUGAGUGUUGGCAGGGGCGGAGCGGAAGGGGGGAUUGCACUGGAGAAGGCGGCUGUGAUGGGACAGUUCCAGAGGCGGCAGAGUGAGGUGAUGCGGUUGAUGGCCAUCAUGCAGCAGCAACAGGAGCAGGAACAACUGCAACUGCAACAGCACCUGCAGCUGCAGCAGCAGCAGCAGCAGCAGCAGCAGCAGCAGCAGCAGCAGCAGCAGCAGCAGCAGCAGCAGCAGCAGCAGCAGCAGCAGCAGCAGCAGCAGCAGCAGCAGCAGCAGCAGCAGCAGCAGCAGCAGCAGCAGCAGCAGCAGCAGCAGCAGCAGCAGCAGCAGCAGCAGCAGCAGCAGCAGCAGCAGCAGCAGCAGCAGCAGCAGCAGCAACAGCAGCAGCAGCAGCAGCAGCAGCAGCAGCAGCAGCAGCAGCAGCAGCAGCAACAGCAACAGCAACAGCAGCAGCAGCAGCAGCAACAACAACAACAGCAGCAACAGCAACAGCAAUUGGAGCAGCAACAGCAGCAACAACUGCAGCAGCAUCUGUUGCAGCAGCAGCAACUGCAGCUACAACAAGAAGCGGAAGAGUUGAAGCAGAGACAGGUGCAGCAGGAGCAGCGUGAGGGGCAGCGGGGAGGGAUGGCAAGGGUGGAGCACGGGGCAAGAGAGGCCGCGAGUGAAGGUGCUGGCGACAGCAGGAGCGGCAAGGGGGGUGGGCACGGUGCAGAGAGUAGCAGCAGGCAGCAUGGCGUGCAUGCAGGGAGGCAGGCGCUUGCAGGGCAGGGGGAUCUUGUGGGGGAGGGCCGUGCCCGUGUGAGCAUGCAGGGGGGUGCACAGCUGCCAGAAUCUUGGGAGGCAGCUGCUGGUGGUGCUGGUGGUGGUGAGGGUGGUGGUGGUGGCGAGGGUAUAGCUGGUGUGAGCCUGGGGCUGGAGCUGGGGCUGGGCUCGCACUACAGCAGCAAUGACAGGAGCCAGGAGAGCGGGCGCACAGCAACAGGUGCGGCGAGUGAUGCACACGAGGGGAGAAGGGGCGAAGGGGAGGGAGGGGGGGGAGGAGGAGCGGGGUGGGAGAGGGGAAAGAGCAGUUCAGCAGGCGAGGGGGAUGGGCCUGCGGAGUGGGACCCGUACUUCUCUGCUGCUGCGCCUGGAGGGCAUGGCGGGGCGGCAGCUGGGCGGGGCAGUGGCGGGUCGCUGGGAGCUAUGGACUGCUCGCCUCUUGCUGCUGCUGGCGCCUUCAUGUGGUCUCGCCCCUCUGCCACGGCCAGUGGCUCGUCCGCCCCACACCACUACCGCGCUGUCACUGACCACCCACACGCCCCGCUCGCCCUGCCACACCACACCGCUGCCGCUGCUGCUGCUGGCGGUGCAGGCGCUACACACAGUGAGCGAUGGCGAGGAGGGGAGGAUGAGGGGGAUAGCAGCGCAGAGGGAUUGGCGGGAAUAGAUGGAGAGGUGGAGAGCGGUGCGGAGCCCAUGGGCAUAUCUCCGGUGCAGGCAGGGCAGCUGGGCCACUGGUCUGCCGCUGCUGCCGCCGCUGCUGCUGCUGCCGUGGCAGGCCAGCAGGGGGGAGGCGGGUGGGGUGGUGGCAGGGCAGGGGGGGCUGCAGCAGGGGUGGGGGCAGGAGGGGGAGCACCAGAGACGGGGGUGGGGGGAGGGGUGGGGAGAGGGGUGACCAGUGGGAUGGGAGUGGUGGGGGCGGUGGGGGUGAGUGUGGGGAUGGGGAGGGGGUAUGGGGGAGGGAGGGGGAAUGCCAGAGAGGGGGGCCGUCAGGGCAGAGGCAUGGGAGGAGGCAUGGGGUUGGCAGAGGUGGCAUGGCUUGGGUAG